UAUAACUGUGUCCCAAUUCAAAAGCCUAUUGCAUAAUCCACAAGAAAUCACAUUAUAUUAUCAUUGUUAUUUAUAAUAAUUACUAUUCAUUUUUAGAGAGAGAAAGACAGAGAUGAGAAGGGAGUGUCAUCCAUUGUUGAGGGAAAGGAGAAUAGGAUUAGGAGGAGAGAGAAAGCAGGAGAAAUGGAGCCAUGGUUUUUCUGCAGCAGAGAUGGAGUCACUUGCAAGCAUCUGUGAGGCUUUCAUACCUCCUUUGCCCUUGAAUUCUCUGGAAGGGAAAGAAGACCCUCCUUCUAAGGCUGUGCAGUCCUUCUACUCUUCUUCUGCUUCUCAAAAUCCCAUCCCUCAUGAGGUGGCAGAGUUUAUAGUGAGGAGGGCCAUAAUAGAAGGAUUCUUAAUAGUGAAAUUGCUCUUAUUGUUGCUUUCCACUCGGCUUGGGACUCUUCUGCUUUGUGGGCCUCUUUGUUUUUGUGAGAAAUGGACUUUCAUUCACAAUUUCUCACGCAUGCCGUUGGAGAAGAGAGAAAAAGUGCUUCAAAAGUGGUUAAGACACAAGUUUUUGACUCCCAUUAGGCUUGCAUUUCUUUACAUCAAAGUCGUUUGCCUCCACACUUUCUUCUCCCGGCUCGAUGAAAAUGGAGAAAACCAAACAUAUGAAGCCAUUGGAUACAACAUAAAGAGUGAAGAAAUCCUUCCCAAAACCCCCAAAGAAAGGCCUCUAGAGAAAGGAAUAAUAGAAACCAUAUACAAAACAGACUCAACACUUCUGCAUUCUUUACAUCUGAAAGGCCUAAACGUCACAGAAGACACUGAACAGAACCUCUACAAGAUCAAAUGCGACGUCGUGAUCGUUGGUUCUGGCUGCGGUGGAGGCGUGGCGGGCGCCUCCUCAGGCCAAAGGGUCAUUGUACUUGAGAAGGGAAACUAUUUCACUCCCUCAGAUUACUCCUCCUCAGAAGGUCCUUCUAGUGAUGAGUUGUAUGAAAAUGGAGGGACUUUUGCUAGUCUUUGUGGGAAAAUGGCGAUCAUGGCGGGCACGGCGGUUGGGGGAGGCUCAGUGGUGAAUUGGUCAGCUUCAAUAAGGACUCCAAAGUCUGUUCUCAAUGAAUGGGCAGAGGAGAACAGGAUUUCUCUGUUUGGGAGCUCGGAGUAUGAUUCGGCUAUGGACAUUGUGUUUGAGAGGCUUGGUGUUACUGAGAAGUGUCAAGAGGAGGGGUUUCAGAAUCAAGUUUUGAGAAAAGGGUGUGAGAAUCUUGGCCUUGAGGUUGACUUUGUUCCGAGAAAUUCAUCCGAGAAUCACUACUGCGGCUCUUGCGGUUUCGGUUGUAGAAGCGGUGACAAGAAAGGGACUGACUUGACAUGGCUUGUGGAUGCUGUUGAAAAUGGUGCCGUUAUAUUGAGUGGUUGCAAAGCUGAGAGAUUUGUGUUGGAGAAGAAUUCAAAUGGGGCCAAAAGAAAGAAAAAGUGCUUGGGGGUGAUUGCGAAAAGUGGGGGAAAUGGUGUUCAAAGGAGGCUGCAAAUUGAGGCCAAAGUGACAAUUUCAGCCUGUGGUGCGCUUUACACUCCUCCUUUGAUGAUUUCAAGUGGAUUGAAGAAUAAAAAUAUUGGAAGGAAUCUUCAUCUUCAUCCCGUGCUAAUGUCGUGGGGGUACUUCCCCGAAUCGAAUUCUGAUUUCAAAGGGAAAUGCUAUGAGGGAGGGAUAAUCACGUCGGUUCACAAGGUGGUUUCAGAGGAUUCCAGAGUGAUGGCCAUCAUAGAAACGCCUGCAUUAGGCCCUGCAUCCUACGCAGCGCUUGUUCCUUGGACAUCUGGCCUUGACAUGAAAAACAGGAUGAUGAAGUACUCAAGAACCGCACAUUUGAUCACGAUUAUACGCGACCGUGGCUCUGGAGAGGUCAAGAAGGAAGGAAGGGUGAGCUUUGAAUUAGAUGAUACAGACAAAGAGAACAUGACGGCAGGGCUUAGACAAGCCUUGAGGAUACUAGUAGCGGCUGGAGCAGUUGAAGUUGGGACUCACAGGAGUGAUGGACAGAGGAUCAAGUGCAAGGGGAUAAAUAAGAAUGAAUUGGAUGAGUUUUUGGACUCGGUUUACGCCGUUGGAGGGGCGAUGGAGAUGUCGGAGUGCUGGACAAACUAUGGUUCAGCUCACCAGCUCGGAAGCUGCAGGAUGGGGGUAAAUGAAAAGGAAGGUGCUGUUGAUGAGAAUGGAGAGAGUUGGGAAGCAGAAGGACUAUUUGUUUGUGAUGCUAGUGUUCUUCCAAGUGCUGUUGGUGUCAAUCCAAUGAUCACAAUCCAAUCAACCGCUUACUGUCUUUCGAAGAAGAUCGCAGAGUCUUUGGGAAGACGGUGCGGUUAACGGAAGUAAGAUUGAUUUUCGUGUAAAGAGUUGGUUGAAAACUUGGUGGCAGAGUUUCAUUAUAAAUACAAUUUUAGCAGAUGCAUAUGUUUCUGCUAAAAUGUAAAUGUGUAAAAAGUAUCAUUCCAGAAUGUUGUUGCAAGAUUUCUUUUUUCUUUUCUUUAAUGAAUUAGAAGACCAUUUCUACUAUUGCACAAAAACAUUAAUUUUCUGGCUUCCAAAACGUGAA